UCCCUUCUACAGUCUCUUACUCUCCCUUUUUUUCUUUCUUUUCAUUCUUUUUAUUUUCUUCUUUUCGCGUGCCUUCCUAACAUUUCUUCUUUUCAAGAGAGUCUUUGAUACCAGUGACUAUGGUAUUGAUAUCCCACCCCUCGAUAGGGGCUCUGUGUUCCUCUUUCUCUCCCUUUCUUUCUUCCUUUCUUUCUUUUAUUCUCCGUUAGCGGCCUUUAAUUAUAUCACCGCUACAAUGUUCCCUGCUUGUAACAUGCUUGCUGUCUCUUCCGAGAAAGAAACGUUUUUGCCACGUAUGCAAAAGCCGUGCUCAUGGAGAGCUGCCACCACCGUCGUUGCCGCCACCGCCUCCAUCGUCAUCGCCGCCGCCGCCGUCGUUGAAGUUCGCGUGAUACCGAAUCGCGCUGCAUAGUUUCACGCAUCGGCGCGGUAACGUUGAGUCAGCUAUUUUUUUUUUUUUUUGCAUUCGUCGUCGAUUAUUACGAAAACGACUACACAUUACGCCGAUGUUAAGAGAACGAGAAGAACGGAUGAUCGAGAAUUCGACCACAAAGUCAGCCGAGCCGAUUUCUUGGCGAUAAAUUCAUGUUUGUAGCUAGUUGACUUCGUGGAAAGAAUUGAAACGAUUGAGGGGACCGAGAAGAAUGUCAACGGCUCGAGAAGAGGCAGAUAGAUAUUAUUUACUACGAUCCUCCCGCGUUAACUCGAGCACGAAGAUGAAGCUACUUGCGAUUGUUCCCGCCCUUUUUCCUUGGUUAACGAUUGUCGAUUGCGUGUCGACUGCGAGAUUUUGUGGUCCAGAGACGGGAGACGAUUUCCAACGCGCGCAUGUCGGCCUGAUUAUAUCGCCUAUAAUGUCUAUUCGAAUGAUACGGGAGAUCGAGAUUUAUUGGAAUCACGCCAGGUAUCGACCGGGCGAUACGAUCGCUCUUUACACGAGCGAACCCACGAACGGCCUCGAGCCAAUUUAUACCCUGAUACCAAACGCACCGAGUGGUAUAAAGAGGACCGGACUGCAGGCAACGUUUGUUCCCACCUCGAAUCUCACGUUCGUUCAGCAAUGCCUACAGUACCAUGUUGCUUGGCUGAGAAAUGACACGGUAAGACUGACAAAUUGUCUGCAAACGCAGCCUCACUGGAUGUUGGAGAGGAGGGCUAUCUUAGGAUCACUGCCGAUGAGCAGGGUGUUCUUGCCCGGUACUCAUGAUUCUGCGUCUUACGCGAUACACGAACGAGCGAACUCCGAGAAUAUCGUCGAGAAAUAUGUGAUAACGCAGGAUGUGGACGUGCUCGCGCAAUUAAUCUACGGAGUUAGAUAUCUCGACAUCAGAGUCGGAUACUACCCCAACACCAACUCGGUGUGGUGGGUGAAUCAUGGAGUAUUCAGAACUGUUCCCAUGCAGACCAUCAUAAAUCAGGUGAAGACCUUCCUCGACAAGACGAACGAGAUCGUAAUAUUCGACAUCCAGGAAUUUCCAGUUGGCUUCGGAAAAAAUCUGGCGGUACAUCACGACUUCGUUGCAUUUCUCGAGGAACAAUUCGCCGGAUAUUACUUGCCGAAGAGUUACGGGUGGACCAGUACGCUGAAUACGAUCUGGUCAUCCGGGAAAAGACUUAUUAUUGGUUAUGAUGAGAGACGAGUCGUCAGUCGCUACGAAAGCAUAUGGCCUUGUGUGAUACAUCAAUGGGGAAAUGUUAGGACUAUCGAAGACUUGUUCAACUAUCUGAACCGUAUCGAAACGGAAAGUCUUGGACAACCUAGAUCAAUACCAAGAUCGGCGAUGGCAGAACUAACGCCCAACACGUGGGAUGUAAUUUUAAACCGGCUUGGAAGUAUCCGCCAAAUGGCGGAAAAUGUCAAUAUCAACGUUACAAAUUGGUACAACAGCAAAUGGCAAAGUACCGCCAAUAUUGUUGCUGUUGACUUCGUUCGAUCGUCCGGUAUCAUCGAAACCGCGAUCGAAUGGAACGAAAAACGAAAUUCACAUUGUUAAAAUCUUUCCUAUUCCUUGUUAGCGCGAGAAUUGAAAAAA